AUGCGGCGGCGAGCAAUAGAUGUCGCGUCCACCCCGCCGGCCUCGAACUGCGCGCGGCUGUACACCAUCUCUGGUGCCGCGCGCCGCCUCCGGGCGGGGCCCAGGCCGAUCGCGCUCCCGACGCGCGAGCAGGCCGUGCGGCUCCGCGGGGGCGGCCGCGGGCUGCGCGCCCGGGGGCAGGCCCAUGCUCGCGAGAAAGAGCGUCGCGUUCGCGAGCUCCUCCGCCUUGCGCGCCUUGCCCUAGCCGUGCUCCUCCGCCAUGAUGUCGACGACGCGCGGGAGGGCGUUAUUUUUGAGGCUUUCAAGAGCCGCGCGAGCGGCGAGUCGGAGGCGCGCGCGCGCUUGCGACACGACGAGGUGCCGGACCUGGUCAAGGGGCUGCCUGGCUACGCGGGGAUCAACCGCAAGGACUACGACUACGUCCUUGAAGAGGCUGGGUUCUCAAAGUCGCCUGCGGUGGACAUCGAUCAGUUCCUUGAGAUUUGUGUGGAGCUGAGGGAAGUCAUAUUUGCUUCUGUUCCGAGCUGCUCGCCGAAGAUCGAGAGGCUGAGAAACCCAGUCAAAAAGAGCGGUGGCGGAGUCUGA